CUGCAGCAGAAGACUUCACAAGUGAAAUCUUGUCUGCUCCAGUAAGGAGGGCACUUCUCUUAUGACCUUGGUCACUCAUAUUUAUAUUACACUCCCUUGAUGUUUUACAGGAAGUCUCUAUGGAUACAGGAAUAAACAGAAGAUAAUAAGCCUACAGUCUUUAAAGCUGCAUUUCAUUCUACAGUCCAAGCAGGGAGUGUAGGCAUCUAAAGCAGCACACGAGGAAUUAGAAGACUAGUCAUGGCAGAGAACUCUGACAUUGCUUCUCUUGAGGAGAGCUUCAAGAAGUUUGCUAUCUAUGGGGACACCAAAGCGACUGGUAAUGAUAUGACUGGAAAAAACUGGGCCAAGUUGUGCAAGGAAUGCAAAGUCAUUGAUGGAAAAUCAGUCACCGGCACAGAUGUGGACAUUGUAUUCUCUAAAGUAAAAGGGAAGACUGCCAGAGUUAUCAAUUUUGAAGAGUUCAAAAAAGCACUGGAGGAAUUAUCCACAAAGAAGUUUAAAGGAAAGAGCAAAGAAGAGGCAUAUGAAGAGAUUUGUAAACUGAUUUCAGGCAAGGAACCUGCAAGCACCGGCGUCACGAAAGCAGCAGCAACUAGUGCCGUGGAACGUCUGACAGACACCACAAAAUACACUGGGUCACACAAGGAACGUUUUGACGAGAGUGGAAAGGGUAAAGGAAAGGGUGGUCGGGAGAACCUUGUUGAUAACACAGGAUACGUGGGAGCUUACAAGCAUGCUGGCACAUACGAUUCCAAAGUGAAAAAAUAGAGGAAGGGGUUGGACAAACAGCACCAUCUCUUUCUUCAUGGCACCAUUAACCCUGUCACUGCCACAAUGGCAUUCUGGCAGUGAUAGGGUUAAUGUUGUAGUUGCAGCCCCUCUUAGCACUAAAGACAUUCAAUGAUAGUAUCUCCUAGUAAAAUGCUGACCCUUCCAGAGCAUCAGGAAAUGUAUAUAGUCCCUAUGAAUUCCAAAAGCAACCAAGGAUAGUUUUGCAAAAGUCUCUCUGCAGCUGGAAGAAUUUGAAGACUUUAAUGUGCAUAAAAUAAAUUAUUGAGAAAUUCUUUUUUUCAGAAACCUCAAGAAAUCUACAAAAGGGACUAGUUUGCUCUAAAUAAAUAUGUUCUUAUUAACGGGAUGUCAACUUAAUUGAUCAACUGUUUACAUUUAAUAUGGUGCUAAGUGAGACUGCACCUUUAAGAAGUAUUGCUCUCUAUUCAGGAUGCUGGGAAGAUCCUUCGUUGGACGAGAAGUAACCCAUAAAUAUUUUCAAAGGAGCUGUUUCAAACCUUUUUGAAGCAUCUUCCUAGCAAAGGGAAUAGGGCAGAACGAGUAUUGUGUCCUACCUACACUGUAGCACUUGUAGCUUAACUAGAAAUCCUUAACAUUGUUGUAGUAUAUCUAAAUCAAGCUGAUAGGAAUUCAUGUAUGUAAACUUUAUUAGAGUGGCACCUUCCAUUCACAGGAAUGAGACGGAUUAUGUCUUCCAGAAGAGGGUUUUUGUCAUUGUUUAAAAAAUAUGGCCCCAAAUCCUUGGUCAAUAUAUUUUAUGUUGUUUUUGUUUCUUCCUCAAAAGAUCAUCAGGAUCGUUAACACAAGUACCUUUAAAAAUAACUGAUGCCUUUUCCUGUUUUCAUGAUUUAGCCAAAGUUUAGUGCCUAGAGACACAGAUAUGUAUUUUUUCUUCUGUGUUUCACUUGUCUUUAAUUCAUUCUAUGUACAUCAGAAACAUGAACAACAAUAACCACCAUCAUAAUGUAAAAUAACUAGCCUGGUGUCUUUGUUAAGGAUACAUUUGCAGGGAACAUUUAGAUGACAAACAGACAAGCCAAAGUUUAGGUAUUAUCCAAGUUGGACUAAUAAAUUACCAAAAACAUAAUGUGCAGAUAUGCUAAAUCGGUGCAGUUCAACAAGAAUUUAAUUGAUUCACAUAAAUGAUAGAUUUUUAGUUACAUGCUGCUCGGGGGUGGUACUAGACUUGUAGUGGAAUAGUAGCAGCAAGGAGAUGACACGUGUCAUUAUCAUCCAUCAACAAAAAAAGUUCUAUUUUUACUUUAAGCAAACAAAUAUGUUCUAUAUUAACCCACAUAAUCUUUGUCUCUUUCUCCAUACACACAGUGGGUUUAAGCAUUAUUAUUAUUAUUAUUAUUAUUUUGUAAAUGCAAGCAUUAUUAAUAAAUAAAAAAAAAUUUGAGGUUACAGUACAGGUCAAAUAAAGCAUUGUUAUAAAACAAUCUGAAUUACAGAAGUGAGAACAGUUGAGGAGGCUUAUUGAGUGAGAUAGUCCCCAAGGAUGCUCUUCUGUAGCUAGGCCGGUGAAUGUCCAUAGGUCUAUUCUCCCAUAGAGGGAGGGGCCGGAGAAGAGUUGAGUACAUGAAGAGAAGAAUUUAAAUUUAGCUGUACAUCAAAUAAAAAACUAUUGUAUGUCCCUACUCAAGAUUCAGUGGUCCCAUACGUGGCUCCUCAGAUCAUACUGGUUGCUCCUCACUGAUCUAGACAUUAUAAUUUGUGGUGCAAAAGGGUGAACAAAAAUGUAUAGAUUGUCCCAGUGGGUGGUACUCACAGUCCUUAACCACCCAUUCCAUUAUUGUUUAUAUCCCUUUUAACCCAUAUUCUCCUAUUCUCUUUUCUCCCCUUGACCUCUUUAAUGUUUCAGUGCAUAAUACCUUAGCAUUUCCUUUCGAUAUAGCUCCUGCCUUAGCAACUCCCUGAUGAUCUUAGGCUCUGCUUUUAUGCAGUUUAUGACUAAACUGACAGAUGAGAGGAAUUAAACAGUAUUGAGCAGUAGCAAUGAGAGAGCCUGGCAAUACAUAGAACAAAAAGGGUAUGGCAGUCAGGCCUGUCAGAACUUUUGAGUGUUUGGGGUGUUCCAAUAAGGUUUAGAGAUGUUGCAUCCUUUGGAACUGCUACUACGGCUGGUUCGUGGUGUUUGUUCUUGGAGUCAAAAACCAGCUAUACAACCCAGACUUCAAAAACGAUAAUAAUAUUAAUUUUAGUAGGUGAACUCUAACAUUAUUUAUGCAAAUUACAUAAUCUAGAGAUCAGUCACUUAGGGUACAGAGUUCUUCACCACAUUCCCGGAAUCCCUUGUAUGAAAGCAUCUGAAAAGUAUGACUCACUAACUGCUGGCAAAGGAUAUUACCGUGUUUGCCUCAGUGAUACACUAAUUACAUUAUUUGCACAAAAAUAAUUUAAUAAAGGGUUUAAAUACGUCCUGGCCUUCUGAAUUCACUAGACAGACUGGGAAAACAUGUGUACCAUAUAGCAGUUAUAUUAUUUAUUACCAGAAAACAGUUAAUUGUAUAUAAUAAAUUCCGUCUCAGCCAUGUUAUACAUAUUAUAUAUUUAUACUAAUUCACAUGUAAUCCUGUAAGUAUAGGCCUGUAAAUUUAUAAUACCCUUAUACUUAAAGGGAUAUGAAACCCAAAUUAUUUCUUUCAUGAUUCAGAUAGAGCAUGCAGUUUUAAACAACUUUCUAAUUUACUCCUAUUAUCAAUGUUCUUCAUUCUCUUGAUAUCUUUAUUUGAACAAGCAGGAAUGAUAAUAGGAGUAAAUUAGAAAGUUGCUUGAAAUUGCAUGCUCUAUCUGAAUCAUGAAAGAAAAAAAUUGUGUUCCAUAUCCCUUUAAAUACACUGUGUAUCAAGUAUACUGUAUGUGCAUGAAUUAUAUAAUCAGUGCCUAUUCUAUUGUAAGUACUAUAUGGUGUGCAGGCAUUAACCCCUUGCAUACUUCAGAUAUUUAGCCCAGAUAGAAAAUAUAACAUCCCAAUAAAUUAGCUUUUCAAAAUGCUGCAAAUUGUCUAUACUAGCUAUUUGACUUGCAGCAUUACCAAGUUACAGAAUAUGCUUUUUGGGGGUCAAUUUAUUAAGGUGCGGACGGACAUCAUAUAUCAUGUCCGCCGCACAUCGAUAAAUGCCGACAGCAUUUGCUGUCUGUAUUUUCAAUCGGCCGCUAGCAGGGGGUGUCAAUCAACCCGAUCGUAAGCAAGGGAUGUUUAAUGUCAUUUUAUUCAUUUGUUUCUGUUAUUCUAUCUGUAUAGCGGCUCCGUGGCAAAUAAGCUUAGCAUUUUUUUGUUUUAACAUCUGCUGUAUCCUUGUCAGAAAGACAUUAUGAGUUAUGUUCCCUACACAUUUGUGCUAACAUUGUUCUCGUCACUAUGAGUUUUGGAUGUAUAUUAUUAACUUGUUUUUCCUGAAAAGAAUGUUUAAUGUUUUUGUCUUUGUAUCAAUUAAAAAGAAUUGUUUCUCUGCAAUAAAUACUUCUUUUUUAUUCUG